CUCAGGAACCUAACACCCUGUAUGUGUAUAUGUAAUAUACGAUUUUCAUGAAGUUUUCAUAGAAUGUUUGGUUCAUUCCACGAUGUAACCUCCUUGAUCAUAAAUGGCAGAAGGGAAUGCAAACGGUGCAAUAAGAUUACGCGAAUAAAUUCGCGGGAGCGAAAAUGAUAAUUGAAUACCACUCCUCUUCAAACACGUCCCUUCCACAAUCUAGUCACGUGUUUACUAGUUUUGUUCGGUUGAUUCUUUUUUGUCUUCAAUCGCAUAGGCGUGAAUUAGGCUCAGCCACAAAAUCAGUCAGCGUCCAGCGCAUCUCGUGAAAAGAAGUGUUACCGCAAUUAGUAGGUAGCAUGAGCGGUGCUAUGAAGAUGGCCCAAGCGUUUUCGGUCGUAGUGAUACUGACCUUGGUUGUGCUGUCGGCCCAUGCUGCGCCGGCGGGUGAAAAAGCGGAUUCUCAGCUGAAGAUAGUCAGCGAAACUAACAAUCAUGCGGUUGAUGAGUUUGAUUGGAGUUACCAACUAAGUGAUGGUCGGGAAGUUCGUUCAAACGCAUAUAAAAAGCUUCUUGCGGACGGUCGAGAGAUUUUGGUGAUUAAUGGACAAUAUAGCUUCGUGGCACCCGAUGGAAUCAAGUAUACAGUUUCUUAUUACGCAGAUGAAAAUGGGUAUCAUCCAACUAUCACCGUUGGAAACAAUCAGCUGGUUCCUGAAUUGCCUGCCCUGGGAAUCGAUCCAAAAGUGUUAGCCUCACUAAUUGGAUAACAUGGAUAGAAAGACUUUUUUACGAACAAUUGAAAGAUUACGAACAUUUUCUAACAAUAAGCUAUAGCUAGCAAUAACGAACAAGAAUAAACACAUUCGCAAUACA